AUGUCGGUGUUGAAUACAGAAUUUCUACGAGCAUUUGGAAAAAGCAAAGCUGAGACAGCACUCGUACAGUCCGUUACAGCAGGGAUGCUACUAAAUGCAGGAUUUCCAUGUGGACAGUUUGUCAACAAAUUUGGAGUUCGAAAAAUGGGUAUAUGUGCUGGUUUCCUGGCUUCAAUUGGCCUGAUCCUUUCAUUCUUAGCAACAAGCAUUCCGUAUCUAAUUACCUCUGUUGGAGUUGUUACAGGAUUUGGACUUUCUCUUGGAUUUGUAUCCAUAACGACAUCUGUUGGUGAACAUUUUCAUGGAAAAGCAAGAUUUGUGGCCUUGUCGUUUGUGAGUUCCGGUUCCGGCUGUGGUGCAAUGGUAUUCCCUUUCCUGUUGGAUUAUUUAAUUAAGAUGUAUGGAUGGAGGGGGUGUCUUCUCAUUGUGGGAGGACUUAUGGCAAACAUGAUUUGCUUCACCGCUAUUUGUAAACCACCAUCACCUAGCAUACAACAAAAUUUCCCCAGAUUAUUGGUUAAUGAUGAUAUAAACUCCAGUCAACAAACGCCACACAAUCAACAAAUCGUAUGCAGUUAUGAAAACAAGACUUUUACUGUAAACAACACAAGCUAUGUUACGCCUAAUCAAGAACAUUCCUUUAUAGCCAAGUUAAAAGUAUUGACAGGAAACUACACUUUUAUUCUAUUUAUUGUUGCAGUGUGUUGUACACUUCCGGCAUACGAUGCUACUUUGAUUUAUUUGAUAGAAUUCCUGAAAACGAAAUCCUUUGCUGACAAAGACGCUUUGUUGUUAUAUUUCUUCAUGAAUGUAGGCAACACGACGGGUAGACUAGUUCCCGGACUGUGUAAGCACAUACCGCACAUGGGUGCUCUGAUCAUACCCGCGCUGUUUACUAGUCUCAGUUGUUUGUCAGUCGUCGGUCUCUUAGAGGCAUCUUCCUACUAUCAACACGUACUUCUUAUGUGCUGUUUCGGAGUGUCGAUGGGAGGAAAUGUGACGGUGUUGUCUAUGACCACCAUGAAACUUGUGGGACUCGCAAAUUAUUCCGUCGGUGUUGGGAUUCUGAUGACCCUUGUUGGUCUUUGUUGCAUGUGUUCUGGAGCCAUUUCAGGUGGGUUGUUCGACAUCACGGGAUCUUACAUGGCUUCGUUUUACGGCGUUGCAGCCUGUCAUGGCGUGGCUGUAUUUCUGUACAUCAUUGCCGCAUCCAUGCGUAAAUACAAGGCAGCAAACACAAAAGAGUAUCCAAGCAGUGCUAAUGGCGAGCUUCUAUAA